AUGUUGGGAGUGACCGUAAGGCAGCUCAUGAGCUUAUCAUUUUGUGAAAGGGAGAGUCACUGUGAGAUCGAACGUAGGCGGAGGAACAAAAUGACCGCCUAUAUAAAUGAGCUUUGUGAAAUGGUUCCGACAUGCAGCUCCUUGGCUAGAAAACCGGAUAAACUGACGAUUUUACGGAUGGCUGUUAGUCAUAUGAAGUCAAUCAGAGGUCAGACUAUUGAGUCAUCGGCUCCGGGCAGGGUCCCCAAAGAAAACCCUACAUUCUCCCACUGCCUCGUGGGUCAGACUUUUGAGUCAGAGGCUAGGGUCAGGGUCCCCGAACAAAACCCUACGUCAUCCCACUGCCUUGUGGGUCAGACUUUUGAGUCGAAGGCUCAAGGUGGGGUACCUCAACCAAACCCCCUUCCUCGGCCUGGGCAACCGGGAAGUAUCAUUUGCCCGCGCAGUUCAGCGUCCACCGAUGUCCCUCCCCAACCCCUUCCCACUGCACAAGCAAACGUCGCUGGGCCAUUUGACUGUCAGUCAUCUGACCGAAGGGCCCUAUGCUCCACGCUGCCUACAAGCCUUAAACAAAAUAACACCUUUCUAAAUCCACGAGAUCCUUUCUAUAUAGGAGCUUUUAACGUCCGUACUCUAUGCCAAAUUGGCAAACAGGCAAUGCUUGCUGAAACCUUGUACUCCCUUAAAAUCGAUGUAUGCUGUGUCUCCGAAACACGCAUACAAGACCCGAGCGUGGUUCUGCAUCUCAGAACGCCAAGGAUGAACCCAGCUCUUUCACAUUUCUCCCUCCGUGUGUCUGGUGACCCAGAAGCGAUGACUCGUGGAAUGUAUGGCGUGGGAGUUGCACUCAGCCCCAGAGCUGAACGCGCUUUGCUGGAUUGGAUCCCAGUGAACAGUCGUCUCUGCGCCGUCCGGUUAUCCAGUUCAAUCAAGCUCAAUGCCUCGCGGCAUAAAAAGCGGUGCCUGUUUGUCGUGUCGGCUUAUGCCCCGACGGACUGCAGUUCUGAUGCGGAGAAGGAUACUUUCUAUCGAGAGCUAUCCAGGCUCAUUCGUCAGGCAAAAAGCACUGACAUUGUGAUCCUUGCAGGCGAUUUGAAUGCUCAAGUAGGUCGUCUGAGCUCCUUGGAAUCACAUUUGGGUGGUCGAUUCGGAGUCGAUGCUCGCCGAACAGACAACGGAGAUCGCCUCCUUCAGUUGUGUGCUGAUCACGAACUGUUUCUGGCAAGUACGAACUUUCAACAUAAACGUUCGCACCGCGUAACCUGGCGGCCGCCAACUACAAAUCAACCGUGGACCCAGUUGGACCACGUGGCCAUCAGUCACCGGUGGAGAGCCACAAUUCAAGACUGCCGUUCCUUCUGGGGCACACCACUUGAUUCCGAUCACGCCAUGGUGCGCGCACGCCUGACAGUUCGUUUCCCUUCAGGCCCUCGCAAGUCGGCAAGAAACGUGCCAAUCCACUAUCUUCGAAGAACUGCCAUAGCUCAACAGUAUCGAUCUGAGCUAGCCCAACAACUCUCCACAGUAAAACAAUACUGUGGUGGCAGUGAACAUGUGGAUGAAGCGUGGCAAAAUGUGAAAGGAGCUAUACUAGCGGCGUUCAGUGCUGCCUGCCCGACUUCUCCAAUUCGACCACAAGACCACUGGAUGUCGUCGAGGUCGUUAUCCAUGAUUGAUGCCAGGAAAGCCAUACCCGCAGGCAACGAGUACGACUGCGCACGCAAAUCCCUCAUACACCAAAUAGUGAAGAGUCUAAGGAAAGGCCGAGUGCUCUGGUGGACAUCGAAAGCUCGGGGGAUGGAGAAGGCUUUUGCUACGGGAAACAGCCGUGCGCUUUAUCAGCUGAUACGAUCGACUAGCCCCAGGAAAGCAAAACAACCAACAAUGGUUGUUUUUCUUGAUCUGAAAGCUGCCUUUGACUCUGUGGACCGGCAAGCACUAUGGCAUUGUCUGUGGACCAAAUGUGUCCCCCAUAAAUUCUAUAACCUCAUUAAGGCGCUGUACGCCAACUCCCGCGGCCGUGUAAAGGUCUACGGGAAGCUCUCUCCUGAGUUCACCACAUCAAGUGGUGUCCGACAGGGUUGUCCUCUUUCACCUUUCCUCUUUAACUUCGUCAUUGAUACGAUCAUGGAAGACUCACUACCAGCCUCUAAUGCCUGUGGGGUCGAAGUGCUCCCUGGGCCUCCGCUCACAGACAUCGAGUACGCAGACGACAUAGCUCUUCUAGGAUCUGACCCCGUGGCAUUGCAAACAAUACUAAAUAAUCUAAAUAAUUCUGCCUCGCGGUUUGGUAUGCGCUUCACACCUGCAAAGUGUAAAGUGCUACUGCAAGACUGGGUGGGCUCGAACCCUAGCCUCAUGCUUGCGGAUGAACCGAUUGAGUUUCGCCUCGUCAGUUGUUUAUUACGGUAUUUUAUUUUUCUUCAUCAAAUAGGCACCGGCAAUACUGGAGUGGAUGGUUCCUACAAACCUUCUUUCCUCUCAGAUCAAGAGUUAAAACAUCUCGUAUUAGAGGCAGCGGACGGUUUCCUCUUUGUGUGUCAAUGCGAUACUGGUCGAAUUAUAUACGUUUCCGACAGUGUUACAGCGGUCCUGAAUCAGACACAGUCGGAGUGGUAUCAACACACACUCUACGAGUUAUGUCAUCCAGACGAUGCCGAAAAGAUUUGUGAACAAUUGACGGGUAAUACUAUGCCAGCCCAGGGUGCUUCAAUCAUGGGACUCACUGAUCGUGCUUCCAACGGCUCCGUAAAAAAUUGCGGUCCUCCAGCUACUCCUCACAAGCCCGUUACUCCCCCCGAACUGAAACAGGGUUCUACCUCCAAUAGUGACUACGCUUCUGGUCGUUUAGGUGUCAGCCAACCAUACACCUCCCCAAACUCCAUUCCUAGCUCGAUGGCGUCGUCUGUUUGUCAAACGCGUAUUCUGGAUCUCAAAACCGGGACUGUGAAAAAGGAGGGCCAUCAAUCUCACAUGCGUGGAGGAAUGGGGGCUCGACGUGGCUUUAUCUGCCGAAUGCGGCUGGGAACGAUUGUUCAUCCCUCAUCACAGUUGGAAUUCGGAACUGGAACUCCCUCGUCAGCCUCAUCUAGAAUUCGGUGGCGCCCUCGGCAGGCGUUUUGUCUAAACUCAGCUGGGCAACCAUCCUAUGCCUUGGUUCAUGUAACCGGUUUUGUCAGACCGCUUACUCCUACACUCAACCCUUCCAAACCAGAAUUACACAUCCCCAACGGUCAGGUCUCUGGAGCUUCGGUCUAUCCCCUUUUUGCCGAUACAACCUGUUGGCCCUUACGUAAAAUUUCUUCACUGGAUCGUCCUCUUAACAAUGUUGUGUUCCAUCCCCUCGCAGAUGGACUUAUUCCUGACGACUCGGAUUUCGGUCACCAAGGUCAUGAUGCCAACGGCAACUGCACGUCGGAACUUGAACAACCAACUGAUCCACAAAUGCCACAUUGUUUGGUAGCGCUAGGGCGACUGCAGAUCAACAACCGACCGGAUGCAGUGGAUUUGUCCCCACGACGUUCCCAUGAAUUUGUUACUCGCCAUUCCGCAGAUAUGCGCAUCACAUUCUGUGACCAACGAAUCAAAAACGUACUUGGACUCGACACAGAUGAAGUUCUUGGUCAGUUGUUCACCGAUCUGAUGCCCUCUAGCAAGGAUAAGGGCAGUUUCCAAGAUAUAUUUGAUCGAGCUUGGAAGUUCAAAGGAGAGGUUUUCUCGUUGCUCAUUCUGCUUCAAGGUCAGGUGUCAAGCGAGCCGGUUUCAGUUCGAUGUAACCUGUUUGCAUUCUCAAAUCCGUUCAACGACGAGGUGGAGUAUAUAGUGUGUACGACAACCUCAUUAAAGGCGCUUCAGUCCAGUGCCUCCGUUUCGUGUGGUACAGCGGCUCUUCGUGGUAAUGUCAUAUCGUCCGGUUCCGAGUCGUUUUCUGAUGCUCAAGCCGACUAUGAAACCGAUCCACUCACGGGACAUCCUCGUAUGAUCCUACCAUUCCACCCUCAGCUUCGAAGCUCCACUCAAUAUGCUGAUUCCACCAUUGCUGAGGGAAGUGGAUACUGGCGACCCCCAAUAGAAUCCUCUAACCAAUUUCAUCCUGUAUUUUCAUCUUUAUCGCAACCAAGUCCACGUGAUCUUCUCAGUCGAUCACAUGCGUCCAACUUCUUAUCUCAGCCUGGUAGUGAGCUCACCCGCGACCAUCCCUCAGAUACCGGAAGCAUUGACAACGGAGGCGAACGUAUCUUAGAUGCUGCGAACCAGGCAUGUGAUACCCACCUGCAACCAACAGCCACCGACAAUUUCGUACCCGUGGUUGAGUGUGAGUAUCCGUCGGAGCCCUACUCAUCACAUGUCGUACGCGGUGGCACGGCUGAUCGAGAAACCGUACACCAAUCUCUGUUUUACGAUGCCGCUAUGACACACCCCACUGAAAAUAACGCGGAUCCUCUCAAUGCAUGUCAGACUUCCGUACUUCCUGGUGGAUGCCUCAUUCGUGCUUCCGACAGCGGGAUGACACGCCCGUCUGCCAUUUGUUAUCUUCCUUCCGCUCCCGCCGGAGAUUCACGCGGCCCAGAUAACACGUCACUUUCCCCGUCACGCCAUUUGGAGUAUUCAUCCGUCACUAGGCCUGUUGCCACCAGUGACCCCUAUCAACCCCCCGGACUGGACCCAUCCUCACGUUCCAGUUUUUAUCCCCGGUCUCCGGUACCGGACUCUACUACCUCUUCGGUAUUCCAUAAUUGGUAUUCCUCAGACUUUCAACCAGUGCAUUUCCCUACCUCAAUAUCAUCAUCUUCCACUACUUCUGACUCUUACCAACAGCCACUACAAACAGGUUUACAUGCUAGUUCGGUGACAGGUAUGUCAUUCAACUACCCUGAUGCGAAUAACACUCAACGUUUGCACCCCCAAUUGCUCCCAAUCCCGUCUGCUAGCAAUAUGGCUAUAGAAAAUGGUCUACAGCCGACUCCUGUCCAAGAACCCUCUUCUACAUACUUUGAAUAUUUCCCUUGUCAGCAGCCCGCUUACACAGCACAAACCCCACUGAGCUCUACCGAUGAGUUCAGACACUUGACUUCCAUUCAUGCAGCAACCGGAGACAUCUCAUAACGCUUUCUUCGGUGCUCUGUACCCUUGUACAGCAUGUUUAUUUUCAGUUUUAGCUUUCAAGUGGUCCAAGGUGUUGAUGCUUUUGCUAUCUGCUCCAUCAUUCCAAGUGUUUUACAUGCGGCAUGUGUCCCUACUAUCAGUGUCUCUCCACCUGACCCGUUCCGCUCGUUUGAGUGCGUCUCAGGUAUAUCAUUGUUAUAUAGUUUCUACUGAGCACCGGGCCGCUCUGAACAAACCCGCGGUUGAGCUGCUGUGUACAUUGAAUUUAUUGUGACGUUUAUGGCCUCUGCUAAACCAUCCACGACUUUGGACGCUUUAUUUCCGCUGCUCUAUCGUUUUUGUGUACUUCCAACCUUUUGUAGGGGGAGUUGCUACUGAAUCCUAUCUCUAUCUGAA